AUGGACGACUACCAGCAAGCUCCAUUUGUGAAAAUCAGUGGUGAUAAAGCCAUUUCAACGUCAGAUCUUUUAUCCCUGCUGAAAACAUAUAACUGUUACCAUGAAGGUAAAACUUUCCAGCUAAGGAACCGAGAGGAAGAAGGUGAAUUAAUCAUUGAAGGUUUGCUUAACAUCUCCUGGGGUCUUCGAAGGCUAAUCAGACUUCAGAUGCGUGAUGACAAUGAGCGAGUCCAUUUCCCAUGUAUUGGGCCGUGGAGGUUAGAUCAGACUGGUUUAAACAGAAAUGGAAAUGCUGCACAGACUGUUCAAAAAGAGAAUACACUGAAGUCCAAUAAUAAUUCUGUUAGCACUGAAAUAUUUUCACAGACUCUUACAAAACAGGGGAGAGAGAAAAGGACAGGCCAGACUCCAACUGAGAGAGCUUUCCCUAUGGAGUCGAGGCUAGCCCUAUCGACCUCCGGGCCCAUGAAUAUACGGUCCUCUGACUUCUCGGAGAGCCGUUAUAGGUGGAGCCAUGCGCUUUGGUCCCGGUUACCGACCAGGUUUGACCCUCAGAGGACGGAACAGCUCAUACGAAGCCUUGACACUUCAGUGUUCAUGCCUGCCUAUGGAUUUGUGACAAAUGUUAGAGUGAACAGUACUAUGACCACACCACAAGUACUGAAUUUACUUCUUAACAAAUUCCGAGAUGAAAAUACGUCAGAUGAAUUUGCACUGUAUUUGGUUCAUGAAACUGGAGAACGGACCAAACAAAGAGACACAGAAUAUCCAUUGAUAUCUAGAACACUUCAUGGUCCUUGUGAGAAAAUAGCAAAGAUAUUCCUAAUGGAGACAGACCUGGGAGAAGAAGUCACCUAUGAUGUUGUUCAGUAUAUAAAGUUUGAAAUGGCAGUACUUGACAGUUUUGUUGAAAAAUUAAAGGAAGAAGAGGAGAGAGAAAUUACAAAACUAACAAGGAAAUACAGUGCACUGCGAUCCAUGAUCCAGCAGCAGUUGGAGGACCUCUGAGAAUGAUAAUCGUUUCUGAGCAGAUUAAAUUUAAACACAGUUAAUACUGAACGCUAA